CUCCUCAAAUGUGGAAGUGGCGUUUACUGUAAAAUCUCUGCCCAUAGUUUUGAAUUCUUUUGCUGUUAACAAACAAAGUCUACCGAGAAUGUAGGUGUUGUUAAGUAGCAUCUAGUCCGACUUUACUGCUAACUAUCUGACCCAAAAUGCAUCCACUUGCCACCUUCCUUGAGAAGAUAUCAUCAAUUCAUCAUUAUGUCCCACAUAACUCGUUUCAUCUUCUUUCUUGGAAAGAAGAACCACGAGAAUCAGUAGAAUUUUAAUUCUAUUUUUCCUUGAUUCUUAUUCAUACUGUUGUGUUGUCUCCAGUCUCCACCAUGAGAGGGAGAUCCAUCCAGGAUUCAGAAAUCAACCAGGGAGACUGCUAGUACCUAUCCCCUCAAUAUCAUCAAACAAAGUCAAUUUUGGAGCUAUUAAAGAUCCCCAGAAUUAUCCGGAGAGAAGUUUCAGGAAGGCACCAGCGAGCCUUUCAAACCCUACUUACAACAAGCGACAUCAUUAGCAUUCUUGUAGAGAUCUCAAAAGGAAAGAUAAACUUAUUCUCUCUCCAAAAUUUUGCAGUUCUUUUAUCCUCCUUAGCUUCACUGUUUAAUGAGUAGAAGAAUCUUUUUUUGUUUUUCCCUUUACAUGCUAUGACUCUGUAAUUUAUUCAUUUAUAUUUUUCCCUAGUCCUCUCUGUGUUAGAGAUAGAUUCAGUUAUUCCCAAAGAUUCACCAGUUUCUUGUCACUUAUUAGUGAUUCCAAAACUAUAACUAUUUGGUUGUUUUACUCUUCAUCUUUUGCUUUAGAUUUAAAUUUUUCAGAGAAUUGAACUUUUCUCAUAUGCUUUUAUUAUUCUAUGUGGCCUCAUGCGAAGAGCAAUGCCGGGAUUGGAUGGAUGCUUUAAAGAAAAGAGGGUUAUACUCAUUAAUUUCAUUUUCUCCUGAUAUCUUGGCUCCAUUUAGAAGGCUCUGUUUGGGAUGGGAAAAUAGGAUGCAGGAACGCAUAUGGAUAAAAUGCAAGUUUGUGGCCUCUAUCCCAUUUUCCUCUACCCCUCAAACAAAGCCAAACUGUUGACAUCUCCUUACUUUCUUAUUUUUAUAGACACACAAUAUGAUGUUAUCUUCUCCUCAGGUUAAAUUAGAUCGAUUUAUCACCAUGUGUAUGCCUAUGCAGUAAGCACGCAUGUUCUGCAAUAUAUAUAUCUUAUUAACUGCAAUUUUUAAAGAUCUUUGUUCCUUGAGAUUGCACUUUAUAUGGCAUACACAGUUAUGUUAACCAUGACUUCAUAUUGUAUUCUCAUAGUCUGACACCCUUGAUGAAUAUAUAAUUUUAUUUAUGCAAUUAGAAUCCACUGAUUGUUAAAGGUUUGAAUCUAUUCAUGGUUCAAUUAAUUGCCCUGAUUGUGAAUUAAUUGCAGUACACCUGAAGAAUGUUUAAGGUUUGAAAUUAUUUGUGCUGCAAGAUAGAAUAGCAUGUAGCUUUUUACUAAAUCAGUGCCUUCCCUUUUUUCUUUGACUCUCUCCAUCUGGAUCUCCAUUUUCUGCUCAUCCAAAAGAAAUUGGAAGAGAACCGUUUGAAUAUACCAUUCUUUCUCGGCAUUUCUAAAUUUUACUUGGAAUUACUACUUGUCCGUUUCUUUCAAACAUCUGGUAGAUCUGAAAUGAGAGGAGUUACUCUCAACGAAGCACACACAUUAUGCCUGUAAGAAUAAAAAAUAAAAGUGAAUGUGGUAGUUUCUUUGUAUUCACUGUCACAUCGCAAUCGCCAUUUGGACCUUUUACAUAAAAUAAGUUUUUUUUUUCUCUGUCUUAUAUGCGCUGUAUAAUCUCAAGAUUGGAGGGUGUAUCCAAGUUGAGUGAGAUUGUUUCAGGAUGAUGUUGAGCAUGUAAGUAGAAACUGCCAAAAAAUUUUUGCUUUGCUAUACCUUAUAUAGAGCAUGAAAAGAUAGUCUAAUAUUUCAUGUAACACAAAUGCUUUAUUAAUAAUACAGAGCUAUUCCAAAUUGCCUGAUGAUCCAUUAUUGCAGAGCCAGCUGAUCUGCUUUGUCAUGCCAAGGCAGCUUUCUGCUGUUGUUUUUGGCCUUGGGGCUAUGUCUUAGUUUUGUUGUAGAGCACCAAGAGUUCUUUUAGGUAUGAGAUUCCUUUUUAUUACUUCUUCAAUAAUCCCUUUUUUGUGCUUUGAUUCUCAGUAGUGAAGAAAUUAUAUAUGGAAAAAUCUUGCAAAUUCCAUCACCCUGAGUUUACUUGCUAAUCUUUUUGUGGUCUGUAUGUAGAACAAUAUCAUUUCAGGAUAUGUGCAUUGUUUUUUAUUUCUUUUAUUUUCAAAUUACUUGACAAUUUAUGGUGCAUUUCCUAUCUGAAAAACUAAUUUCCUAACUCCAUAAAUAGUAUCAUACAUCAGAUUUUCAUUUUUCUUUUAAUUUCAUGCAUAUCAUUUGUUUUGCACAUGAUUAAUUUGUUUCCAAACUUGAGUUAAUAGAAAAAGAAACUUCCAAAAGGAAUCUUGGUGGAGGGGAAUACCAAUUCACGCAGAAAAGAGGUGGUGCUCUAGUGAGCUUGAAGAUGAGAUCAAUCUUUUUCAAGAUUUUGACACGCGAAUACAUGUAAUAUCGUGCACACUGUCGUCUACCCUGGUUAAUCCCUAACUGAAAGUGUCUUAGUGCUACACGUGCAACGAAUGCAGCAGAACAGAGCUCCACGUAGCUGAUGACCUGAUGCCCUCCAUGUAACGGACAGACUUGCACUCUCGUCUUCCAUAUUUUGCAAGGGCCAGUUAAGAUAGCCUUUAGCAGUCACGGUGAUAGCAUCCCUUUCACAAUCUUAUCUUUGAGCAGUCAUCUUGUUGUUUUUUGGUAUAAUUGCUCUCAGUUCUUGAGAUGAGAAUUCGAAACAGCCGGCUAUCCUGUUCUAUGCUACCUCUGCCACCUGAAGAAGCUCCAAGGAACACUCGUUUUUCUUCACGAGGUCCAUGCUUUGAUGAUCGAUUCUUGGUUGAAGAGGUGAAUCGACACAUUAAAUGGUCAUCCUGCCCGCUGAGGAGAACUUCAGACCUAGAUGCUCGAGCAGCUCAAUCGCAUGAUCAGUCGCAGAUGGCACUAGCUGGUGAAGCAAAAUCCUUAAAUCAUGUAGAACGGGAAAUUGGAAGAGAGAACAAUAUGUUGGAGAGUCCUAGCCAUGUGAACCAAAAAGUUGAAGAAACUGGCAACGGACGCAGAAAAUCAAAUUUGUCUAGGACCUCUAAUAGGGAAGGAGAUAGGCCCAGGUUUUCAACUCAUAUCGUCCUUGCACUGCGAGCUACUUCCAUUCGACCAGAAAGGGAAUUGCCAUUAAAGAAAAGAAUUUAUCGUUGGUCAAAAACUGAAAGAGUGGAGACAGGAAAGCGAGCAAAAGCUGCUGUUACACGGGGAAAUGCGGAUGCAACAACAAUCCCUGAGCAAGAGGCAAAGAUGGAGGUGAAGAUGGACACAACAUCAAUGCAUGAUAACUUGGUAAAUAUAGAGACUGCAUUAACGCUGGAGAAAGAGAAUCCUAGUGAAUGUGAUGGUAACCAGAGGAGCAAGAGCAUCAAUUGUUUAUUAAACCAGGAAGCAUCCCUUCCUUCUCCAAUCAUUCAUGUUCAGCAAGGACAAGAAAGUGGUGAAAAUUUGUUCCUAGGGGGAACGUCUGAUGAGUGUGAGGGAACACAAAAACGGAGAAGGGGACGACCAAAGAAGGCAACAGGACGUCGCACAAAGGGAGCAGUAGGGAUGAGGAGAAACAAAUAUUUCCUGGAUUAGAAAUUCCCAUAGCUGAGCAGUGUGAAGAUGCGUGAGGUGGUUAUGUGCUUUAAUGUCACAAGAACCUGAAUAAUAUGUUCUCCCCUUUUUUACUGUCUUUGGAUGCACUGUCAUUUCUUAUGGUUAUGGAAUCCAAUUUUCUCAGACAGAAUAAAAUAUGGUAUCCUAACCAGGGUGAGCAGUGCACUGCUAGAUUACUCCUCUGCAGUAGAAGUUGAAUAAAAGACAAUAAAUGAGUUUCCCUUGUUUCCUAAUUUAUGGUUUAAUCUAUAUGGAUUUUUCUUCUC